CAUCAACAAAUCCCCUUUCCACCUAAUCAACAAAGAAACCCUUUACCUCUUUUAGCUUUAUCCUUUUAUUUUCUCCAAUUGGUUGGAAGCAUUUCUUUCCCUCUGAACCUCGUUGGUCUUGAAACUCUGGAUCUGAUUAAGAAUCUAAAGAUGGAGAUGGAUGCUGGCUCUCUUUCUCUCCUUUGAUAUAUAUCUCUCUCUCUCUGUCUCGAAAACUUGCACUUCACUUUGACGGUUUGCCAUUGCCCCCACAUACUCCAAAGAUGUUUAGCUAAAUUUGGCAACAUGCCGCCAGUUCUCGCACUGGAUCUGUCCCUCUCCAAUUAAGCCCAUCCUUCAUUUGCUUGUAAUUUCUUUGCCUUUUCUGGAGAACCAGAAGAAGAAGAAGAAGAAAGGAAGAUCGAAUUAAUUUAACUAAAGAUUAAGAGAUGGCGAGGGAGAAAAUUCAGAUCAAGAAGAUCGACAACGCGACGGCGAGGCAGGUGACCUUUUCCAAGAGGAGAAGAGGCCUUUUCAAGAAGGCCGAGGAGCUCUCCGUUCUCUGUGAUGCCGAUAUUGCUCUUAUCAUAUUUUCUUCCACCGGAAAGCUCUUUGAAUACGCCAGCUCUAGUAUGAAGGAAAUUCUAGAAAGGCACAACUUGCAUUCAAAGAAUCUCGAGAAACUAGAACAACCAUCUCUUCAGCUACAGCUAGUGGAGAACAGCAACUACACCAUGUUGAGCAAGGAAAUUGCAGCAAAAAGUCAUCAACUUAGGCAGAUGAGAGGAGAAGAAAUUCAAGGACUAAAUUUGGAAGAACUCCAACAAUUGGAGAACUCCCUUGAAACUGGCUUGGGCCGCGUAAUAGAGAAAAAGAGUGAAAAAAUCAUGAAAGAGAUCGGUGAUCUUCAAAGAAAUGGGAUGCAAUUGAUGGAAGAGAAUGAACGAUUAAGACAAGAAGUGGCGCAGAAAUCUGAUGGCCGGAGGCUUGUUCAGGUCGAUUCAGAGAACAUGUUUACGGAGGAGGGUCAGUCAUCAGAGUCUGUCACCAAUCCCUGUAACUCAAACAACGGUCCUCAAGACUACGACAGCUCAGAUACAUCUCUAAAAUUGGGGCUGCCUUACUCUGGUUGAUCGAAAAUAGGCGGUGGUUUUAUUCUCUAUAAAUUCGGAAAAUUGACUUUAAAUGUUGAAUGAGGUAAGUGUAACAUUCAACAUUUGAAUAUAACCCUACUGUAUUUACAAAAAUGAAUAAAUGAUGUAUUCGAACAUUGGACGGA